UGACCCUGGCUCGCUCUCUGUCACCAGCGGACUGCAUCAAGAACUGCUGCGUCUCGCCCGUGAUAGCACCCAUCUUCUUCGUCGUGUUCGUGCUGAUGGCUCAGUUUGUGCUCGUGAACGUGGUGGUCGCGGUGCUGAUGAAACAUCUGGAGGACAGCCACAAACAGAUGGAGGAUGACGUGGAUAUGGAGCUGGAGCUGGAGCGACAGAUGGAGAGGGAGCAGCAGCUGGACAAUAUCAAACAGGUUCAGAAGCUGGUGGAGGAACAGUGCAACAACCAGAGAAGGCGGGCGGCGCUCGUCAAGACGCCCUCACUGCCAGCAAACUUUGUCUUUCACGACUCUUCUGAGGGCGACACAUCAUCCGUGUCUCUGCGGCCUCCUCUUCAGCGGAGUUGCGUCAGCUUUGAUGCCGAACAUGUGGCUGGCCUAGCUACACCCAGUGUCAGCCAACUGAAACUGCCGGUGGAGACAACCACUGCAAUGCUGACAAUCGAAACCAACUCUGCUAGUCGGUCUGACAACCAGGGAAGUAGCUUCUACGGCGACCGCGGCAUCAGGCGAGGAAGUCAGGGAGCGGUGGCGGAGAGUGUUGGUCCAGCGGACAUAUCAGUAGAGCGGGCGCAGGAUCAGCGCCCGACUUCCUCCGCAGUUGGGCAUCUUGCCUCCUGCGUGGCCGCUUCCAUGAUUCCUCCAGGAACUCUUCAGGAACUCUCGUCUAGAACUCCUGGAGGGGAUCACUCUGUGGAGCUGACGCUGAACCCGGGUCUGGCUCGGACCGGCGAUCCAGUGGUUAUCUUAGCGAACCGCAUCUCCGCUGGGUCGGGUGUGCCGUCCUCCAACCAGUCCUCGACCAAAUCCAGGACUUCUGCGGGUCUGUCGGGAACCGCUGAGACGUCCCAAACUUCUGGUCAGUCUGGAGGAAAGGCUUCCGGUCAGACUGCGCGUCAGACUUCUAGACAGACUGCAGGGAAGACAGGCGCCGGGCCUGCGAUCUCAACUGUAACACAUCUUGUCGCUCAAACGCUGAACCCGUUGGCAGCCAUCGGGAUGAGUUUGACGUCGCCUUCACAAGCUCCGCCCCUCUCCCCCGCUGUAGCUUCCUCUGCCUGUGCAUCAGCUGCAACAAAGUCUGCGGUUUCAGCGUCUGGUUCUUCUUCGUCUACUGCUGUGACGCCUGCUUCUCUAGUAUCAUGCACUCCAGUGUCUUCAGUUUCAACAUCUACUGCUACAACAGGUUCAGUUCCAGCUUGUUCAGCUUCAGUGUCAACAGCUAUAGCGUCAGUUAACCCAACAUCGCAAACCUCGACAUCGUGUCCUCCGUCAGCAUUGCCAUUAUCACCAACGACAGAGACAAACAGUCCCGUAUCGGAGAGCAGAACUGCGCCCUGUUCUCCUGUGGCAGAGGACGCGUCACCUUCUUCAGACUCUCCGACGAUUCGCAGAGGCUCUGAGAGUGUCCCUCCCGAGGCGGCAAAGUCGACAGACGGGGAGGACAGAGUGGAGAGAGCAGACACAGCCGGGAGGAGGGAGCGGACGACGGGGUCGGAGCGAACGCCCCUCCCUGAGCUGUACUCAUUCGAGGAGGCAGCGCGAGUGAUUCUGACGAGUUUCGAUACGUGUAGAGCGCUACAGCGGCCGAUGGACGUGGAUUCGACCAGCUGUUCGGCAUGUUCGUCUCCGGCUGAUACUGCUGGGAGCUGGUCGGACCUCGCCUCAUAGCGAUAGUGACCGCGCUGGGAGCCCUGGGGCAAAGGGACAGUGACUGUGAAUCACGCAGGUGAUGACUGUGACAGUAGCCGUAAGCAAAAACUUCAGUGAGCGAGAAUUAUUUAGGGAUAUUCGCCAGGGGCCACAACGAGUAGUCUCGGACUACAGUCGAUUGCAUGCCAGUCAUGAGGGUCUUAGCGAUAAUGAACUUAUGUCCAGGACACCUUACCGCGAGUCCCUGUCGGUGGCUCGCUGUCUUUGCUGUGUAACAUCCUUGGUCAUCGUGUAGCACGAUGUGCAUCAGAAACAUUCAUUGUCCAGCUCAUACCAUCCGAAGAGUCAGUGAUAUGAUACUUAGCGAGACUCCGACAGCAUCGAAUGUAUAUCAGCAGGUGGAUUCCAGCAGUAGGCCGCAGACACGGGCGUAUAAAUAAACAUUUAUUUGUAGCGUUUUUUUUUAUUAAUUACGUCCGUGGCUGCAGCCAAUGGAGCUCUUCAAAACCUCCCAGGGCUUGUAAUACCCUCGGUUCAAAGCUUUCCAAAUCAUGUGGACAUGUCUCACUACACAGAUUACCAAUCACUGUGGACGUGCGUCACCAAAUAAUGUCGAUUCGUGAUACCAGAUCACUAAAAUAUCCACUGUAGACCUGUGCUGCCGAACUGGACGUCAAAAUGCUGGCACGUGACCCCUAGUGACACUGAAUGCUCGUCAACUGGAACGAUGAUCUGAUUCGUCAACCGGAACAAUAAUUUGUAUGCGCCCGGCCGGCCCGGGGACGGACGAUCCCAUUCAGAUCCCGUGUGUGUGUGUCAAAGUAUUACUGCAAACAUGUAUGCCUACAUACGAAGGCGUAGCGCACAUUGUUGUACUCAGAGAAUGUUUAUUGAAGUGUUUGUGUGUUUGUGUGCGUUCGAGAGCUGUAAGAGCGUGAGGCUGGGUGGCGGUGGGCCGAACUGUGCUCACCGGAAGGUGAUGGUGCGAUAUGGUCAGAAGUGCUCCCUGAUUUAGUAUCACGAUACUGAGCAUGGCGUCACAAACUCUGUGUUAUAGACGGCGGUGGCGAUAAGAGUGUUAUUGUAUUGCCAUGUUGGUAAAAAUGAGCGUUGUUGACGUUUUCACCCUGAACGCUAGCAAUACAUCGGUUCCGUUAAGAUC